AUGACUCUGCCCCAUAACCCCCAAAGCGCGGGGGACCCCCGGCCCCGCCAGGCCGUGGAGGUCCGCAGGCUGGAACGCCGGCACGAGGAGGAGCAGAAGGAGCAGCGGCAGCACAGCCUGCACAUGGGCUCCUCGGUGCGGAGGCGGACCUUCCGCAGCAGUGAGGAAGACUACCAGUUCAGCGCCGCAGACUACGCGCUCGCUGCUGCCCUGGCUCUGACGGCCUCCUCCGAGUUGUCUUGGGAAGCCCAGCUGAGGCGCCGGACCUCCACGGUGGAGCUGGAGGAGCGCGGGCAGAAGCGGGUGGGCUUCGGCAACGACUGGGAGAGGACAGAGAUCGCCUUCCUGCGGACACACCGGCAGCUGCGCCACAGGCGUGACCGGAAGGCGCUGAGGUGGCGGAUGGAGGAGAAGGUCCGGGAGGCCAAGGAGCUGCGGGAGCUGUGUUCCGGCCGGGGGCCCUGGUUCUGGAUCCCCCUCCGCUCCCACGCCGUCUGGGAGCACGCCAGUGUCCUGCUCACCUGCACCGUCUACGCCUCGCCACCACCCCAGGUCACCUGGUACAAAAAUGACAUGCGAAUUGAUCCUCGCCUCUUUCCCGCUGGAAAAUACCGAAUCACCAACAACUACGGGCUGCUGACCCUGGAGAUUAGGAGAUGUACCAUGGAGGACUCCGCCACCUACACCGUGGUGGUGAAGAACGCCUACGGCCAGGCCUCCUCCUUCGCCAAAGUCCUCGUCCGCACUUACCUGGGGAAGGAGGCUGGCUUCGAUUCCGAGAUCUUUAAACGAUCGAUGUUUGGCCCCAAAGUGGAAUUCACAUCAAUGCUGAAGCCAGUCUUUGCCCGUGAGAAGGAACCCUUCUCCUUGUCCUGCUUAUUUUCGGAAGAUGUGUUAGACGCCGAGCAGAACAUCCAGUGGUUCCGAGACGGGAAGCUGCUGAGGUCCUCGGGACGCCGGCAGGUCCUCUAUGCAGACUGCCAGGCGUCCCUGAAGGUGUCCUGCGCCUACAAGGAGGAUGAGGGGCUCUACAUGAUCCGGGUGUCCUCGCGUCUUGGGCCCCAGGAGCAGAGCACCUAUGUGCUUGUGAGAGAUGCUGCACCAGAAAAGCCGGGGGCCCCAGGCGCCCCGCUGAAUGUCCAAUGCCUGGAUGUGGACAGAGACUGCCUCACCCUGGCCUGGGCCCCGCCCAGCGACACCCGGGGCAGCCCCAUCACCGCCUACUCCAUCGAGCGGUGCCAGGGUGACUCCAAGGAAUGGGUGCCCUGCCAUGUGGCCCCCGGGGGGACCUGUAGGUGCCCAAUCCAAGGCCUCGUCGAAGGCCAGCGCUAUCGGUUCCGGGUGAGAGCCAUCAACAAGGCAGGCAGCAGCCUCCCCUCCAAGGCCUCGGCAGCCGUUGUCAUGGGCGACCAUGAUGCAGCCCGGAGGAAGACAGAGAUCCCCUUUGAUAUGGGAAACAAGAUCACCGUCAGCACAGACGAUUUCGAAGACACUGUGAUCAUCCCCUCACCCCCAACCAACGUCCACGCCAGCGAGAUCCGAGAGGCCUACGCGGUUCUGGCCUGGGAGGAGCCGAGACCCCGGGGCAAAGCCCCGCUGACGUACUCCCUGGAGAAGUCAGUCAUAGGCAGUGGCACCUGGGAGGCCAUCUGCUCAGAAAGCCCUGUGAAGUCCCCGAGAUUCGCCCUUCUCGACCUGGAGAAAGGGAAGUCGUACGUCUUCAGAGUGCGAGCGAUGAACCAGUAUGGGCUGAGCGAUCCCUCGGAGCCCAGCGAGCCCAUCGCCCUGAAGGGCAAGCCAGCCACCCUGCCUCCACCAGCUCAAGUCCAAGCUCUCCGAGACACACAGACUUCUGUCUCCCUGACCUGGGACCCUGUGGAUGGCGGCCCGGAGCUCCUGGGCUAUUACAUCUACUCCCGGGAGGUGGGGUCGUCUGAGUGGCAAACAGUUAACAACAAACCCAUCCAGGACAACAAGUUUACGGUUCCUGGGCUGAGGACGGGGAAGGAAUAUGAGUUUUGCGUCAGGUCAGUCAGCGAGGCCGGGGUAGGUGAGAGCUCAGCCCCCACCGAACCCAUCAGAGUGAAGCAGGCUCUGGCUACCCCGUCUGCCCCGUACGGUUUUGCCCUCCUGAACUGCGGGAAGAAUGAAAUGGUCAUUGGGUGGAAGCCUCCCAAGCGUCGUGGAGGUGGCAAGAUCCUGGGCUACUUCCUGGACCAGCACGACUCCGAGGAGCUGGACUGGCACGCGGUCAACCAGCAGCCCGUCCCGACCCAAGUCUGCAAGGUCAGUGACCUUCGAGAAGGCCACUUCUACGAGUUCCGUGCCCGGGCUGUAAACUGGGCAGGUGUUGGCGAGCUGUCGGCGCCCAGCAGCCUGUUUGAGUGCAAGGAGUGGACGAUGCCCCAGCCAGGUCCCCCGUACGAUGUGCGGGCAACCGAGGUGCGGGCCACCUCCCUGAUGCUGCAGUGGGAGCCCCCACUCUACACGGGGGCUGGGCCGGUCACAGGUUACCACAUCAGUUUCCAGGAGGAAGGCUCUGAGCAAUGGAAGCCAGUCACCCCAGACCCCAUCUCUGGCACCCACCUGAGGGUUUGCGACUUGCAGCCAGGAAAGAGUUACGUGUUCCAGGUGCAGGCCGUGAACUCAGCCGGUCUGGGGCAACCGUCCAUGCCCACCGACCCUGUGCUCCUGGGGGACAGGCCAGAUGCCCGGGAGAUCGAGGUUGGUGUGGAUGAAGAGGGCUUUAUCUACUUAGCUUUCGAAGCCCCCGAAGCCCCCGACUCCUCAGAGUUUCAGUGGUCCAAAGACUACAAGGGUCCGCCAGACCCCCAGAGGGUCAAGAUCGAGGAUAAAGGUAACAAGUCCAAGGUCAUCCUGAAAGAACCCGGCCUGGAGGAUUUGGGCACCUACUCAGUGGUAGUCACUGAUGCUGACGAAGACAUCUCAGCAAGCCACACGCUGACCGAGGAAGAGCUGGAGAAGCUGAAGAAGCUGAGUCAUGAGAUCAGGAACCCAGUGAUCAAACUGAUCUCCGGCUGGAACGUUGACAUCCUCGAUCGAGGAGAGGUGCGGCUUUGGCUGCAAGUAGAAAAGUUAUCCCCGGCCGCUGAGCUGCAUCUAAUCUUCAACCAGAAGGAGAUCUUCAGCUCGCCGAACCGCAAGAUCAAUUUUGAGCGGGAGAAGGGCCUGGUGGAAGUGAUCAUCGAGAACUUGUCAGAGGCCGACAAAGGGUCGUACACAGCUCAGCUCCAGGACGGAAAAGCCAAAAACCAGAUCACGCUGACUCUCGUGGAUGACGAUUUUGACAAACUCCUGAGGAAGGCAGACGCUAAGAGAAGAGACUGGAAGAGAAAACAGGGUCCCUAUUUCGAGGAGCCUUUGCAGUGGAGGGUCACGGAGGACUGCCAAGUGCUGCUGACGUGCAAGGUGACCAACACCAAGAACGAGACUCGCUUUCAGUGGUUCUUCCAGAGGAUGGAGGUGCCAGAAGCUCAGUACAACCCGCAGACGGGAGAAGGACUUCUCCGCAUCGAAGAGUUCUCCAAAGAGGACAAGGGAGUCUAUAGAGCGGUGGUUUCUGACAACCGAGGGGAGGACGACACCAUACUGGACCUCACAGGUGAAGCCCUGGAUGCCGUCUUCGCUGAGCUGGGCAGGAUCGGGGCCCUCUCUGCGACCCCACUGAAAAUCCAGGGCACCGAGGAAGGGAUCCGGAUCUUCAGCAAGGUCAAGUACUACAACGUGGAGUACAUGAAAACCACCUGGUUCCACAAAGACAGGCGCCUGGAGAGCGGUGAUCGCAUAAGGGCAGGCACCACCCUGGACGACAUCUGGCUCCACAUCCUGGACCCCAAAGACUCAGACAAGGGCAAAUACACUCUGGAAAUUGCUGCCGGGAAGGAAGUCCGGCAGCUCUCUACGGACCUCUCGGGGCAAGCUUUCGACGACGCCCUGGCUGAACACCAGAGACUGAAAGCCCUGGCCAUCAUCGAGAAGAAUCGUGCCAAAGUGGUGAGGGGUCUGCCGGACGUGGCCACGAUCAUGGAGGACAAGACCCUGUGCCUGACCUGCAUCAUCUCAGGAGACCCCACCCCUGAAAUCUCUUGGCUGAAGAAUGAUCAGCCUGUCACCUUCCUUGACCGCUACCACAUGGAGGUGAGGGGGACGGAGGUCACCAUCACCAUUCAGAGGGUCAACAGCGAGGACAGCGGGCGCUACGGCGUCUUCGUCAAGAACAAGUAUGGCUCCGAGACGGGCCAGGUCACCAUCAGUGUGUUCAAGCACGGGGAUGAGCCAAAGGAGCUGAAGACCAUGUGACCGUGUGUGUCCAGGCACAGCCUGAGGGCUGGUCUCCGUGGACCAGGAGGGCCAACCAGUGGGUCACAGCCUGGCACAGGCCAUGGGAGCAGGGCAGAGGGAGGGGACAGGGGUAACCCAGGAUGUGAGGGUGGGGGUGGGGUGGACACACCAAAGUGGAGAAGAAAGAUCUUGACGGGGUCCUGAGAGGCCUCCAGGAGAGCAGGGUGAGCACUGGACUUGGAAUAGAGGACCUAGAUGUGCUGGGGUGUCUGCAGGCACCUGGUAGGGUAGGGGCCACGUAUGCUGCUAAACACUAUGACUCCCCUCCACGUGGGAUUACCUGAUCCCAGAUGUCAGCAGUGCUAAGGUUGAUUGAUAAGCCUUGCCGUAAACUCAUAAAUCACACCCCUCUUUUAGGACUGUAGUUUCAGUUCACAUAAGCUCAGCAGACAUUCAUGCGAAGUCUAGCAUGGGCCAGGCUGAGGCUGGCACUGGGAACACAACGGUAAAUAACAUGCAGGCCCUGCCCACGCGGAGGUCUCAGUGCAGCAGCAGAGACAGCCCUGGGUGCAAGUGACUCCAGGACAAGGCAGCAGAUGAUAAAGACUGUGAAACAGGUCCAAGUGAAGUGCCACCAGUGGUCAGAGGAGGCAGACAGAGAGUUGUCCCAAUAGGGAGAGGCAGGGCUUGGAAACACCUUCACACAAUUGGCAGAAUUGGUGUUGGCCCUGAGAAGUGAGUCGGAUUUGGCAGUGUAAUGGGAGAAGGGCAUCCCAGGAGCAGAGUAGGUGGUAGCAAAGGCAGGGAGGAGGGCGAGGUUGCCAUGGGGGCCAGGCUUGGAGUUGAUAAGCUUCAGGGCUUCUUGCAGCAGGGGGCCACUGCCUAGUGUGAUAGCUACUGGUUGGCCUUGCCUGAUCGAUCUCAGUACAGAGCUGGGCAUGUCUCUGCCCUCCAAUUACCCUCUUUUUAAAAUUACAAUGGGGAGGGAUUGUAAAAUUUUAGAUGCUUGUUGUAAAACUUUGGAAAA